AUGGCCACUGCGCGUCGGCCGCUUCCGGACGCCGCUUCCCCCUCGUGCGAGCUCGUUUCUGUCUGUUCGGUGUCGAGAGUCGGGCGCGUCGCAGCCUUGCGUUCCUCGCCUUCGCCUUUCUCUGAGGCAGGUCUCGACGCCGGCGCCGAAGACGAGGGGGACUACGCCCGUGCGGCCUCGCCCACGCGCGAGGACGAGCCGAGCGAACCAGCCGCCUCGGACGCGUCCAGUGUGUCUACGCCCGAGACUUCGCACUCGGACAGCAGGGACGAGAGCGCGUCAGACUGGAGAGGCCUUCAGCCUCGCCCGCGCUCUUCCAGGACGUGCCGCAGUCGCGACGCCCCGAGACAUGAGGCUCCCUCUGGGCGCUACUGCGCCCCCGUUGCAGUGAUGGUCCUACGGUGUGUUCUCCUCGGCCUCCUCGUCUCGAGCAGCCCGCGUCUCUCCGUCUUCGCCAAUCCGUCUCCUGAAACCUUCGGCCUCUGGUCCCUCGUCCUCCUCACCGUUCUCGCCUACCUGCUCACCGCCGUCGGAGAUCCGGGCUAUCUGAAGUACUGUCCCUCGUCGCUGCUCGCGCGCGAAGAACACGCGGUGCUGGUGCGCCCGCGAGGCGCCACGCGAUGCCCGCACUCUGCUGGGAAGGCCUGCAUGCAUGGGAGCGGCACAGUCGCGAGUUCGCCUGCCUUCGCGGACGGGUUCGACGACUGUCGAGGCAGAGACAGUUCGGCGCAGCGGGCGAGAGAGCGCGAGCUGUCGACCUUUUCGUCCCACUCCCGCGCCUCCUCGUCCGAGAGCAGCUUCCUAAGCGACUCUGACAAGAGCGAUGCCUCCAGAGAGACGCUCCCCCUGCAUCCAAACCGCGCAGCCGCUCUGCAUGCGGGCCGCGCACGGGAAGUCUGCAGAGACAGCCGAGGCGCUGCACGCUGUGAGCUGGGAAGACGCGCGGGCGCAGAUGCGAGAGGCGGAGGCCUCGGCGCUGGCCACCGACUGGGCCGUAGAGAGAAGAAAACGCGAUCCGGAAGAAAAGAGCGCGUCAUGCCGCUCUUCGACACGCGGCGAGAGAAGUGGAGGCGCAUCCGGACGACCGGCUCGUCGGACUGGGAGGCAUCGGACGAAGCGACUGCGGAGGCGCACGAGGGGAGGGAGCGCGGAGACAGUUCGUCCUGGGGCUCCGAAGAAGAGAGUUCGGAAGACUUUGAAGAUCUAUGUUGCAGCGAAGAACCGCGAGCAGACUGCGAGAUUGACGUGGACAGCCCGACGCGUCUCGGCAGCUCUGCAGGGGGUUUGGAGCUUCCGGCCUACCUCCGGGAGAUGCGCGUGUCUUCCUUUCAACUUGCCGAACGGGACGCCGGAGACCCGGGGUCGAUGGCGCCUCGCUGGGGUACGCUGCCGAACCCUCGACACGGAGACGCUCCCCGCGCACCGCCGCGCGACGAAGAGUUGUCUCCUCGGGUGAUACCGACGUUUCAGUCCCUGCCGGACGUCGAAGCGGCUUUCCUCCAGUCGGAUUCCAGCGAAGGAGACCUCGAUAAAGGAGACGCUUUCUCGCUCAACGGCAACACGGGAAAUCCACUCCAUGUGCAAGUUGCACAAACAAACUCGCAGUGCAACCCUAACAACGAGCCUUCCUCUCCGGACUCUCCUCCCCCUUCUUCUGUUAUCCCUUCUUCUUUUCCCUCUUCUUCUGUUCCCCCUUCUUCUUUUCCCCCUUCUUGUGUUCCCCCAUCUUCUUUUCCCCCUACUUUUUCGUCCAGACUAGGCUGUGGGGACCGAGAAGGAAAGGUUUAUGCGGAGGGAGUCGGCGCUGCAUGUGCGGGGCCAGUAGAGGGGCGGGACAGAAUGUCGAGAUCGCCCGGAGCAGAGCGCGCGAGGCAGCAGGCGGGGGAACAGGAAGGAGGCCCGAGAAACUGGGAAGACGGCCUGUACGCUCUCGAGGAUUUCGAUCCGCAGCCGAAGCCUUCCCCCGUGAAACCCGUGUGGGCCACCAAUCCACAUGCGCAAGCAGGUUUCCUCUCGUCUCCGCAAUUCCUCACUCCCCCUCCGAACGACAGGAAAACAAGACACGUGGCAAAGAAGAGAGCUCCCUCUCGGUCUUCUCGAUCUUCUCGAUCCUCUCGGUCUUCUCGAUCUUCUCGAUCCUCUCGGUCUUCUCGAUCUUCUCGAUCCUCUCGGUCUUCUCUAGAGUCUCCUUCUCGCUUUUCAGCUCCAACGUCUUCACGAAGGAAGAGAGAGGGGCGGUCGGCGUGGGGGCAGACUGCGGUUUUUUCGCCGGCGCCUGCUGCGAUUGGGCGAGGCUGUCCUUUGCCUUUCUCGGACGUCUACGCCUCCUGCAACCAAGUCUUUCACUUUGACAGCAGGAUCCCUGGCAACCCCGCUUCCGUCGGCUUUCUGCCGCUCCCGAGGGGCGUGUAUGCCGAGAGCGAGGAUGCGGUAGACGGAAGACGCGAAGGAAAGGAACGAAGAGAAAGUGGAAGGAUGCCGCGGGACUCCUCGGAGGAGCGCGAGAAGAGCGGAGGGCGGGCGAGUCGGCGGCGGCGAGGAAGGCCGGCUUUGCUCCUGGGGCGACAACUUUCAGAUCGUGACUUCGUUCCUGCAACGCGGCGAGAAAAAGGGCGAACGAGGCUCGCCGUCUCGGCGUGUGCCUCGCCGCUGGACACGUCUUCAAGCGACGAGAAGAGAGACCGAGCGGUCUGUCUCCAGGGCCGGAACACAUCCGAGGAGCACUUCAACCUCGCGCUCGACGAGAAGAGCGCAGGCAGCGGCGGUUUUGUAGACCACGGGGAGAUGCGCGGUGGGGAACCCGAGGAGCGGAGCGAGAACGCAGAGCUGACGACGAAGACAGAGACGAGAGAGACGCAAGGCUGGGAACCGGAGAGAAAAGGCCAGCAUGCGAACGCCCAGAAUGGAGCGAAGAACGGUGAGCCUGUGGAAGGAGCCGCGCCGGAGACGGUGCCUUGGCGAGGAGAGAGCGACGCGUCACGGGACGAGAGGCGCAGCACUCACGCCGAUGCGCGGCUGGUGAGAGAAGCGCUUGGAAAGGAAACUGGCGAGAAGCCGUUCGAUGCGGCGCGCACAGCACGCCGUGGGAGGUGUCUAGACACCGGAGACCAGAGCAGUGUGUCGCGCGCGCCGCGCUCGCGUGGAAAAGAAGAGGGCGACGUCAGUGGAAACGAGGAGUCGGAGGUGGAGAAGAUCCGCGCGGCGUCUCGGGUCCUGACGCCCCGCGAGGCAGGCCCAGCUGUCUCAGCUUCGAGCGAGCGGGGAGAGACGGCGAGUCGGCGAGGCGAAGCGAUGCAGCGCCUCCGAGAAGGAACUUGGCGAGGAAAAAGGCGAGACCGGAGGGACGGAAAGCGGCCUCGACAGGAAGGGAGACCCAUCUUUUACGUCUACAAAAAACAACUCUACCAGGCCUCCGUCAAACUCCGCUUCUGUCAGAUCUGCUUCAUGUACCAGCCGCUGAGAACGAAACAUUGCAGCCAGUGCGGCCGGUGUACUCGAACCCACGACCAUCACUGUCCAUGGAUCGGGACGUGCGUCGCGGAAGAGAACCGCGUCUACUUUUACUGGUUUCUUCUGCUGCAAGCGAUCGAACUCCUGGUCGUCGCCGUCCUCUACAUUCGCGCGCUCGUAUGGCAAACCGAGGGCGAGAUUCAAAACCCUUUCCACUUUGUCGCGCUCUUCUUCACUCUCAUGUUUUGCCUCUUCCUCGCCUGCAUGGUCACCUGUCUCUUCUGCUACCACACCUACCUGAUGCUUUCCAACUUGACGACUUGGGAGUCGAUGGCGUGGCACAAAAUAUCGUACCUGAAGGACGUACCUGAAUCGAAAGGCUCGCCGUUCAAUCGAGGGGUUCUGAUCAACAUGUGCAUCUACUGCUUCCCGCCGUCUUGCUGCGCUGCUUUGCGCGCGAUGUGCGGUCCUCUCUUCCGCCCCGUGACGUCGGCGGCUUUCCGAGCUCUCGCCUGCCUCGCCGCCGUCGUCCGCGCGCCUUGUCGCCUCUUCGGCGGGCGGCGAUCCGCCUGGGGCUCUAGGGCCGUGGGGACAGGAGACACCCAGGCGCGACGGACGCGCGGGGCGCGCGGCCUGGCUGGGUUCCCCUGCGGACCUUGCGGCGAAAUUUGGUGGGAACCCGGUGAGAGCCUUGGCCCGUUCGCUUCUUAG